AUGGUAACUGGUGGAAGGAACAGGGAACUUGUUGGUGUUAUCAAGAACCGGGAGAAGCACAAGGGCAGCUUUAAGACCAUCCACCUGCAAGAUGGGACAAAGCCAUGGGUUUCUCUUCCCAAACGCAAGAGUGUCAAGCUCAGCAUCAUCAAGGAGGAUAGAAAGCGGCUUGCUGCCUCUGGUGCUGCUGCUAUGUUAUGCAAGGUCCGAUCUAUUCAGUUUGGUCGGAAAGGCAUUCCUUAUCAGAAUACUGAUGAUGGUCAUAUAAUUCAUUGCCUGGACUUGAUUAUUAGAGCCAAUAAUACCAUUAAGCUCGAUCUACAGACUAACAAGAUCGUAGACUGCUUUAUCAAGUUUGAUGUUGGAAGCAUUGCGAUGAUAACUGGUGGAAGGAACAGGGAACGUGUUGGUGUCAUCAAGAACCGGGAGAAGCACAAGGGCGGCUUUGAGACCAUCCACCUGCAAGAUGUACUUGGUCACGAGUUCGCAACUCGGCUUGGCAAUGUCUUUACCAUUGGCAAGGGGACAAAGCCAUGGGUUUCUCUUCCCAAAGGCAAGGGUGUCAAGCUCAGCAUCAUCAAGGAGGAUAGAAAGCGGCUUGCUGCCUCUGGUGUUACUGCUAUGAUCUGAUUAUAUAGGUUGCUUCCAUAUUUUGUCUGGGAUGUUGAGAUGGGUUUCUUUGUGGACAUGCAAGGAGGAUGUCGUCAGUUUUUUAGCUCAUUUUGAAGGUGGCAACUCUGUUGAAGUUUUUUAGCUCAUUUU